AAAUCCAUCGCAAACCAUACAUUUCGGCGGUUUGAGGGUGAGGAGAGGAGCUUUAAGGAUAAGUGCCAUUUACACCUAGAGUUGUAUCUCAACGCUUAGUCUGUUAGGUGUGAAAAAUUGUUUUUAUCGAAACGGUGUGGCGAUAAAUUAGCUCGAUUAUUUCACUACUGGCCCGACCCAAUCGUCAAUUCUAUGCGAUGUGGUUUUAAACGGGGGGCCCAGGAUAUAAAGCGAGGACAUCUUUGGAUUUUGCAGAGGACUUGCUUGAAAAUAAUUUCCAUUCUGUCUAGGAAUUUACUUUAAAAAAAAAUGGAAGCACCUGUUAAUGGUUCGAAGAUUGUAGUCCCUUUCGUGCCAUCACUUUUGCACUUCUCAUUGGUAAAGGUAGCUUUUCCAUUGUUCAAAAGCUUUGAUAAUGCAACUUGGUGUAUCAUCAUGGAAGAAAUGAAGCGCUCAAGUCCUGCAGAAUUUAAUGAAGCUAGGUCUGAAAAUCCUAAGGUAAACAAAGCAAAGGAAAAGUUACUUCACAUUCCUUCACAUUUAAGACUCGGAAUAUUAGAAACAAUUAUGGGCUUGCAUUCUGCUGUCGCACAAUGGCGUAUGAACCAUCCACUUUCAGAUGAUUUUCCUGAACUUCUUUUCUUUAAAACUGAUGGAACAGUUGAUAGAAUUAAGACAGUUCAGCAAUUGGUUCUGAAGGAAGAAAUAAAUAUCGAACAGAGGUUUGAUUUGGCGUGCUCCUAUUUCUUGGGCAAUACUAUACACACUUUGUGGGCAGAAAUGAAGAGAUCUGGUAAGGCAGCCAAAUCUUUGACAACUUAUAAUCCUGUUUCACGUUUUUGGGUUAGAAGGAUGCGUCGUAAAUAUCGGGUUCCGUGGAUAUAUGCCGUUCAAUUACAACUUGACUUUCCUGAUGAAUUUUUGAGUAGUCCGACACCAAGAUUCAGUGCUUUCUUUCCUUUCUUGCGGCCAAAAGCCAGGGAGAGGUUUCUUAUCUCUUUAAUGCAGACCACACCAGAUGAUUUCCUGUUAUGUCUGUAUGGAGCAACUAAAGAAGAAGAAUUGCAAAUAUUGGAAAUGGAUACUCCAAAACUCCUUUGUCUCUAUUUGGAUUGGCCACUGCAAAGUUUCUUCCUUGAAAUAGUAGAAAAAUUGUGGAAUUUUAUUGAUUCUUCUCUUUUUAAAGCAGUACUGGAGGUUAUUUACUCAUACAGUAUGAGCAGGAAGGAUUUUGAUUAUGACAAACUUUAUAUGGACUUUUGGGAAAGAAGCCCUAAUAACUUGAAGGAAGAAGCAAUGGCGUGCCCAGUUUUCGGCAACAAACUUAAAUUGUAUUACGAUUCAAUUAGGAAGAAGCAAAAAGGUGAAUUUUAUAAAGUGGCAGGUCCAAAGAGGAAAAGAUAUGAAUUACCUCCUGAUCUCGAGCAUGCAAUAAAUGUGUCAGUAGACUGCUUUUUUGCCAACAUGUUUGGUCAUCUCUUUGAUUGAGAUGAACCAGCGAUAUAAGAUUAUCACCUUCUCAAAAAAUGCUAUACAAAUUUUUCUAUUGCAUAUGAAAAAAUGCCUUCAUCUUCCAAAACAUUAAAAUGUCAUCUACACCAUUACAACUUGAAGCUACAUUUUUUUUGUUAAGUGUUCAAAGAUCUGAGUUUUUGGAUUGACUAUCUUUUCCUACAAUGUCAGAAAUGUUUUACAUUAUAUUUAACAUAUCAUUUUUUAUUCUAUCUCACUAAAAAGUGUGAUAAUAGUUUAAAAGUACUAUUUGGUUUAAAAAUAUUAUCGUAAGUGAGUAGAAUUUCAUUAUGUUUUCAAUUUCAUGAUAGUAGGUUGUAACAAUAUUACUUUGUAGACAUGACCACAUAUGAUACUAACAUUACUGAUUUCUGUCAGCAUUGGAGUUUGUGUUAAGCAUUUCUCUGUCCAUUUCAUUGUAACAAUUCCUUCAUUUUGUGAAAAUUAAAAAUCAGAUUAAGAAAAAUAAAUAUCUAAAAGUUAUAUUUGAAAUAUCUUUUGGCUUGUCUUGUCUAAGGCAGUGUUUAUGGUACUUGGUUUUUAAAAAAUGAAAGAUAUUAAUUAUGCAUUUCAAUAAAUAAUAAUAUAUUUUAAUUCUGGAAAUUUAUAAAAUUACACUUUCACUUCAAUUUAGUAAUGGUGCAUUUUACUAUUUGAUCCACUAUUUUAUGGCCAAAAUUUUAUUUAUUUAUUUAUAUCACAAAAUUUUUUGCAUGAUUUUCUAUAUAAAUUAUACUACAUGAUUCUCAUCUUUGGGAAGAAAUGCUCUGCUUUUUAUUAGAGAUAAAAUAUUUCCUUUAUGCAUUUUAAUAAAAAUUGUAUGGAUGAAGCUGGAUUCAAUUUAAUUCAAUAAAACAUAAUUCUAUAUGUAGGAGUUUUAUUCUAAAAUAAUAUUUCAUUAUUUUUUUAUUAUUGGCUUUUUUGAUAUAAUUAUGUUGAUGUUUUUAAAUAGUUUUUUUAUAUUGUAAUUUUUAAAAUUUUGAAGAAAUGUAUGAGUUUUUAAAAAUUUCAAAUGGGAUAAACAAUUAUAAGCUCAGUUGAUUACUGGUUUUAUGUAAAUGUUCAUUGUAAUAUUUUUUAAGAAAAUGAAAUUUUAAAAUAUUAGAAAUAUAUUUAUCUAUAUAGUACCAAGCGAUUCUUUUUACUGAGGCAGAGUACAGAAGUUUUACUCUCAUAAGUAUUUGAACCAACUCAUUUAAUGGAACUGUGGUGACCUGAGAUAAGGUCUCAGUUUUCUGAUCAGAAAGUUUCAGGUUUAAAAUCCUGAUCCCCAAGAAUUACCUAGUCACACCUGAAAACAGGUAUGAUGUAUGUAAAUCCAUUGGGCGCAGGUGUUUCGCUAAUGUGGCAUGAAAAUUUGGAGAAUGAAUUCUGGCUCGGAUAACAAGCUCGUCACAUAGCCCUGCUGUUGUGUUUCAUUUCUAACCAAAUACUACUUAAUUUUGUAAAUAAAUUAAAAAUAAUAUGAAUGUUAUUCUGUGUUUUCAUGAAUGUGGUCAGUUUGUUAUUCUGUGAAGUAUACUCAUCUUUUGUUGUGAUUAGUGUAUAUGCGUAUUUGUCAAAAAAAUAAAAAGUUUACCUAUACUUUAUUUAGGUUUUUUUUUUUCGUUUUGUUUGGACCCUUAUGUUAAAAUGCUUAGAUUUAAAAAGUACAAUUUUCUCAUUUUUAAUAUGAUGAAUACAUUUAUUUAUAGAUUGGAUAUAAAUAUAAAUAUAUGUAAAUAUAUGUAUAUGUAUAUUUAUGAUAUUUAUUUUAUGGUUACAUUUUGUUACUGGAAAUGUGUAAUGGUGACAAAAAGAAAUUUAUAAAAUUGAAAUUUAUAAAAUUUCACCUUCACAUCAAUUUAGUAAUUUACUAUCUCAUUCACUAUUUAUUUUAUGGCUGGAGAUAAUUAUUUAUAUCAUCGCAAAGAAUUUUGAAUGAUUUUCAAUAUAAAAUAUGCUACAUGAUUCUUAUCUUCUCUGCGAAGAAAUGCUCAGCUUCUUAUUACAGAUAAAAUAUUUCCUUUAUGCAUUUUAAUAAAAAUUGUAUGGAUGAAGCUGGAUUCAAUUUAAUUCAAUAAAACAUAAUUCUACAUGUAGGAAUUUUAUUCUAAAAUAAUAUUUCAUUAUUUUUUUAUUAUUGGCUUUUUUGAUAUAAUUAUGUUGAUGUCUUAAAUAGUUUUUUAUGCUGUAAUUUUUAAAAUUUUGAAGAAAUGUAUGAGUUUUUUUAAAUUUCAAAUGGGAUAUACAAUUAUAAGCUCAAUUGAUUACUGGUUUUAUAUAAAUGUUCAUUGUAAUAUUUUUUAAGAAAAUAAAAUUUUAAUAUAUUAAAAAUAUAUUUAUCUAUAUAGUACUAAGCGAUUCUUUUUACUGAGGCAGUACAGAGGUUUCACUCUCAUAAGUAUUUGAAGCUACUCAUUUAACGGGACUGUGGUGACCUAAGAUAAGGUCCCAGUUUUCAGAUCUUAAAGUUUCAAGUUUGAAAUCCUGUUCUAAAGAAUUACCUGAAAAAAGGUGUGAUGUAUGUAAAUCCAUUGGACACAGAUGUUUUGCUAAUGUGGCAUGAAAAUUUGGAGAAUGGAUCCUGGCUCGGAUAACUACCUUGUCAUAUAGCCCUUCUGUUGUGCUCAAGUCCAUUUCUACCCAUAUGCUGCUUAAUUUUGUAAAUAAAUUUAAAAUAACGUGCAUAUUAUUUUGUGUCUUCAUGAAUGUGGUCAGUUUGUUAUUCUGUGAAAUAUACUCGUCUUUUGUUGUGAUUGCUAUAUAAGCCUAUUUGUUUUAAAAAAUAAAAAGUUUACCUACA